AUGUCUACUCGUCUCAACUUAUUCGAUGAUGGUAGUCUGUUGGCUGAACUUCAGGUUAAACCGACGUGGAUUGAACUGAUUAAGGGUAAACAGAUGAAGGAUAAGUCACUGGGUUUUCGAUUUCGACAGAUAGAGAGUGGGGAAACUUCAGAUUUUGGAGUGAAUAGCGAAGGGACCCCGAGGAAUAAAUUUCAGACGUCGAUCGAGGAAAACGAAAGGUUUCAGAAUAACCGAGAUGCAAAACUGAAACGGAUACCAGGACUUAAACAGGAAGUUACUGACUUCGUGGGUAAAUGCCUUACUUGUCAGCAGGUUAAGGCUGAACGCCAGUUGCCUUCAAGUUUGCUUCAGCCAGUUAAGAUUUUGCUAUAG